AGAUGGAGGGCAGGAAGUUAACAUGGAGAAUACGUCUAUGGAGGAAACCAUUGCGGAGAGUCCGUAUUGUAUGAAUUUAGAACCAGUUUCAAGAGAUAGAUACAAGGAGUUAGUUAACAGAUAUGUUGGACGUGACCCGUUCCUCAUGAAGAUGAGUGAGUUUUCGGUCGAACUUGAAGAUUUGCCGACAGUGGAGCCUGUUGACAUCACCAACUAUCUGGUCCUUCAGACAUCGUACUACACCAGACAGCAAAUGAAGGCAUAUAAAAGUCUGGAGGCGUACAACUUUUUUGUCAGCGGGUGGGUCCACAACCUCGGCACAAAACGGCUCCACGAUGAUCAUCGUUUGGUCUUCGCCAGGGUAAACCACUCUCAGAGAUCAGGCGAAACACCUCUGAAGACCUGGAUUAUUGCGAAGGAGGAUGGAGAAGUCAUUGCAGCUCAUUGCAAUUGCAUGGCAGGACUAUCAGAAUCGUGUUCUCAUGUAGGGGCAGUUCUUUUUUCCAUUGAAGUUGGGGUAAAGAUGCGAAAUACAGCUUCCUGCACAACAGAGCAGUGCAAGUGGCUGAUGCCAUCACAUGUAAAAAAGAUUCCUGCGGCUCCAGUAGCUCUGAUCGACUUCUCCUCUGCUAAAGCCAAAAAAAAAAAGCUUGACCGUUCCAUUGAUGGCAGGACAACUGAAAACCAGGUUGGGAAAUCACUUUCAUGCCUAAGAGUGAAGAGAGGGUCAGAAACAUAUGCUAGUUUUUUUGAGACUUUAAGCAAAAACUUUCCAAGGAGUGCAGCACUGAUGGCUAGGGAGCCUUACUACAAAGAAUUCAUCCCAAAAUCUAGUAUGCUUCCUAAAACUGUUCUUGAAUACAGAACACCAGAGACUCUGCAGCUACCCCCCAAACAGCUUGGAGAGCUAUGCCAGGUAUUUCAGCUAGAAGAGCUCAUCAUGUCCCAGGUCCAGGCUGUAGAGAGGGCAACUCGAAGUCAGAGUGCAAGCAGGAUUUGGUUUAGGCAAAGGGCUGGACGCAUAACUGCUUCCAAGCUGAAACAAGCUAUUAAGACCGACCCCCAGCAACCAUCCAAGAGCUUGAUCAAGGCCAUAUGCUACCCAGAGGCAUAUAGGUUCACCACACCCGCUACAAGUUAUGGAUGCAAACAUGAAGCACAAGCCAGAAGAGUGUAUGAGAAGCUGAUGGGUCGGGAGCAUGCAGGCUUCUCCUGUAUGGACAGUGGUCUCUGGCUGAACCCCAAGUGGCCAUACAUGGGGUCCUCCCCUGAUGGGAUUGUCUCUUGUGAAUGUCACGGAACUGGAAUCUGCGAGAUUAAGUGUCCACACUCUCACCAAGAUGAAGACAAUCUGCGCUUGUGUGCUGGGGAAAAGGGCUUCUGCCUCAUGAAUGAUGGGGAUAAUGUCAUGCUGGACCGGACUCAUGACUACUACUUCCAAGUUCAGGGACAGCUUCACAUUGUAGAUGCUGAGUACUGUGAUUUUGUUGUGUGGAACCACAAUGACAUUUUUGUUGAAAGGAUUUUGCCCGAUCUUGAACUUUGGGAUGAUGUUAUCCCUAAAGUUGAGUGCUUUUUUAGAAACGGUAUACUUCCAGAAAUACUGGGACAGCAAGUUACAAACAUCAAUACUGUUGUAUGAGACAAGAUUACAUUUUGAUUAUUGUUAUUAGUGUGGUAUUUGUGAGUUCUGGCUGUGGUGUAAUAUAAAUGAAAGCAUUAAAUGCCAUUGAGAAGA